AUGGCAGAUAGGUAUGAGGAAAAAGAUCCUAAAGAAAUAGGAAAACAUAUGAUGAGUUUGAGAAAAAAAAAGGCAUUGAAAAAUAAAGCACUGAAAGAAAAGACCAAAAAAAAAAUGAAGGCGCUAAAAUUGAUAAACAAAAAGAAAAGGAUACAGUUGCGAGAGAGGACACUAAAGUACGAAAAGCAGUAUGAGGAUGAAAGGAAAAAAGUAGCAAUGCUAAAAAGAGAAGCUAGAAAGAAUAAUUGCUUUUAUAGAGAAGCUGAAAAAAAGGUGAUUUUUGUUAUUAGAUUGAAGGGUGUGAAUAAAUUAUCUCCAAAGGUUAGAACAGUAUUUCGCUUAUUGAGGUUGUUACAAGUACAUAAUGGCGUUUUUGUUAAGGUAAAUAAAGCAACUAAGGAAAUGUUAAAAAUUGUUGAACCAUUUGUAACGUAUGGGUAUCCAAGUGUAUCAACUGUGCGUAAAUUGAUAUAUAAAAGAGGAUAUAUAAGAGUAGGAAAAGUAAGAAGAUAUAGUAGAAAAAAGAUUCAAGAUAAUGAAGACAUAUCAAAGCAUUUAGGAAGGUAUAACAUACAUGGUAUUGAAGAUAUGGUAUAUCAGAUAUAUACAUGUGGUCCUAUUUUUAAAAAGGUUAAUAAUUUCUUGUGGGCCUUUAAAUUAAAACCACCUAGAAAAGGAUUUAAGGCAAAAAGACAUGCGUUUAAUGAACCAAGACCGGGUGAUUGGGGAAAUAGAGAAAACCAUAUUAACGAGCUAAUAAACAGAAUGAUUUAG